UCGCAUGGUGGUUAAAAAGGCGAUGCAAGAAGACUCUUCUAUGAGGCUGAAGAUUGAAAAUUAUAGUCAAAUAUGUAUUCGUUGAUAUAUAAAUAGAAAAGAAACUGACAUGAUGAAAGGAAUUUCCUUAUUUGUUGUGUAGAGGGAGAACCGCGGAAGAGAGCCAAAACCCGUAGCUUUUGAAAUCCUACCCUCACAAUCGAUCUCUCAGCUUUUCGCAAGAAAAAUCUCUCUCUCUCUCUCACUCCCAUUCGUCUUUUCCAAAAGAAUUCCAGGUGUGAGCGAACCGCGAAAACUUGUAGAUGGAGCUGAUCUUGUGGGCCAUCUGUUUUCUCAUCGACUUAGCUCUCCUGGCAUCCACCUUUUAUCAGAUUUUGAUCUUGACGGACUUGGAGUCUGACUACAUAAACAUUUACGACACAGCAUCUCGCAUAAAUUACAUUGUCGUCCCUGAGUUCAUUGUGCAAGGAGUACUCUGUGCCAUUUUCCUCGUGACAUGGCAUUGGUUCAUGUUUCUGAUGACAGUUCCCCUUACUUGCUAUCAUGUGAUGCUGUUUUUGAAACAGCAGCAUCUUUUUGAUGUCACCGAAGCAUUCAGAUUUCUUAGUGCUGAGAAGAAGUUUCGGUUGAUCAAGCUUGGUUUCUACUUAACGAUGUUCGCCAUAGUCACUGCCAGGCUUGCAUUAUCUGCUUUCGAAUUUUUAGCUGAUGCGGAUGAUGCUGAGCAUUUGUUUUAAUUGUCCGCUGUUUGAGCAGGAUGGUAGCCACUCAUUGUAAUUUGUAAGUUUGUUUCUGAUAUAUUUGUUCAAUAUGAAGAAAUGAAUUCUACCUCACCGGUUUCGAUAUGUUAGGGGGACUCACUAGUUAGAAUGAAUAUCAUUACUCUCUUCUGAUGUUGGGUAUCCGUACCCUAUUUUUUGAUAUCCAAAGUUAUUCCAUUGGCUCAGAUUUGGUGAAUGCUUGUAGCCUGACUUCUGGAUGUAAUUAGAUAAACUACUUGUAUUGGAAGUGACUCAUUGGAAUGGUCACGUGUCAUGUAUCAUCUGGUGAUUAA